AUGGCUGGAAUCGGAAAGAUUGUGUUCUCGUCAGACUUUUUCUUCUUCCUCUUCCUCUUCUUUCCAGGCAGUCCGUCCAACUCCUCGUCCAAAUGCUUCUCGUGCUCCGCCCGCAAUUCAGCCCUCUCGGCCGCCGACGAAUUCUACAGUAACCUCGCGCAUUUCCUCAAAACUCCGCCGUCCGUACAGUGUGCUCACGGCGGUCUGGCCACUGCCGCUCCGGCGAUCAACAUGACCGCGGGACAGAUUCACGCCUCCUACUUUUGGACGUUCUUCAAAAAGCUCAACCUGUCGGACUCGAUGGAAUUGUACGGUGAGAGGGUUACUGUAGUCGCACUCAAUCAUUGCUCUUUCAUUUCUAGAAGCGUGGCGGUUCGCUCAAUUCGUCGCCCAAGAAAUUGAGGGAAAUUUGAAGGGAACCGGCGCGAAAGUCUAUGUGUACAGCACGUUCUUCCCGUACUACGAGCAAUAUCUGACACUGGCGACCACCAUUUACACCCUCGUCGUUCUUGUUCUCUUCGUCGCCUUCGUCACCAUUUCGCUGUUUCUGAGAGUCAAUUUGGCCGGCAGUUUGGUCACUGGUAAGACCCCCUUUUCUUCUUUCUUUCAGCCCCACAAUAUCGGCUUCCCAGUAUUCGUCCUCCUCUCCUCAUUCCUUCACUUGAUGGCCUGGAUGUACCUGCAGGGAAUUCAGGUCAAUGUGGUUUCGAUGAUCAACAUGACUAUGGUAGGAGAUUACUGUAACCGCCUACAGUAACCCGACGACCUUUUUCAGUCUCUCGGAAUUGCCGUCGAGUUUGUCGUGCAGAUUCUGCAUGGGUUCUACAAUUCGAAAAAGGCGAAACGGGAGGAGAGAGCAGUGGCGGCGCUUGUCGAUAACGGGGCUACGGUCGGAUCAAUCAACUUCUCAGUCAAUUGAAAAUACAAUUUCAGACGCUUUCCGGCAUCUUCCCGGCCAUCGUCCUGACUGCCGGCUGCCUCGCUUUCGCCGAUUCGCAGGUGCUCAUCACCUACUUCUGCUUCCAACUCUUCGGAAUCGGCCUCGUCUGCACUGUCCACGGCGUCGUCUACAUGCCCAUCCUUCUCUCGAUCUUCGGUCCGGACAACUAUCAGCCGGUCCACAACACGGAGCCCAGCUCGACGGAAAUGCAAGAGACGAGCUCCAGCGGCAGCACUUCGACCACGAGCGUCUAG